AUGUUGACCCUUACUCCAACACACGUCCGGGCAGAAGCUAUGGUGACUCAAAAGGAUUACUGGGACUCCGAGACCUAUGCCGCAGCUGCGUCCUUUGCAUCGCAUUUUGCCGACACUCUCGUUGAGAGAAUCGAAUUUAAGCCCACAGAUCGUGUUCUUGACAUUGGUUGUGGAGAUGGCAUAUUCACCAGCAGAUUUGCUCCACGGGUUGGAUAUGUUCUCGGCGUUGACUCGUCUCCGUCAAUGAUAGAGUCUGCCAAGAAGAUGGACUACGGUUCCACGUCAACUGAGUUUCAUGUUGUUGAUUGCCGAUACUUGAACAAGGAUCCCAAGAUCAUGAACGGAAACUGGGAUAAGGUUGCCUCAAAUGCUGCCUUCCAUUGGAUAUUACGAGACAAAAUCACCCGUAUCUCCACACUGAAAGCCAUAUUCAAAUCUAUGAAGCCCGGGGGAGUCUUCUUCUUCGAGAUGUGUGGACAUGGAAACGCAGCGGAGAAGAUGACGGCAUUUAUGUUUGCCCUUGUCAACCAGGGAGUCCCCAUCGAGAAGGUAGAGGCAGCUUGUCCUUGGUUCUAUCCAUCCGACGCAUAUAUGAAGGAAGCCCUUGAGAGCGUUGGGUUUGAGAUCAAGACGAUUGGGCUGAAGUCGGAAGCUCACCCCGUGGCCAGCGCUGGGAUGGAGGGGUUCAUGAGGCUCAUUGGGGCUCAGAUGUUGGAUCUUCUAGAUACCGAAGAGCAAAAGGACAAGGUUAUCGAGCAGAUUGUUCGAAUGACUCGAUAUGGCACAACUCGGGAGGAUGGAACUCAGUGGAUUAGCUACACUGGAUUGAGAUGCAUUGCUGUGAAGCCUUGA